UGCGCCCCGCCCGGGGGGAGCGGUGCCGCGGAGCGCCGGCAGGGGGCGCUGCCCGGGGCCGCUGGUGCCCGCGCGUCCUGUCGCGACCCAUCGCGACCCAUCGCGACCCAUCGCGACCUGCGGCGGGCCCGGCCCCUCGGCGCUGCUCGGGACAUGGCGGCGCGGCGGGGGACUCGGGCCCGGUGCCGCACUCCCCCUGGCAGGAAGGAAAAGACUUUGGAACAGCCCUGUUCAACUACUGCAGAAGAGCCCAAGCCUGAGCCUGUUCCAUAUGUUCUGCAAGGAGAGGACAUCCAGGCACUUGAAAUUAAGGUGGAGGACCUGGAGAAACUUCAUGCUCCACGCCUUCCCCAUGAUGCUGGGAGAAUUCCAGUUCAGAAGAAUUACCUUGUCCGCAAAUACCGACCCAAGGAGGUGGCACAUCUCGUAGCACAUCCUGUUCACCCCAAGGCACCCAGGGGACCACUGACUUUUCCUGGACCAAGACAGUUUGAUGAUGGCUGUGAAGAGAUCCUCCCUCAUCACAUUUUGGGAAGUCUCCAGGAGUUAAAGAUGGAGGCCUUGGCCAGAAGAAACACUCAGCUAGCAGAUGCUAUUAAGGUUCCUCAUCCAGAUGUUACUGCAGCAGCUUUAAAAGAGGAACAUGGAAGAGAGAAGAAAGAAAAGACACAUCAGGCCAAACUAGCAGAGCACAAAGCUUUCCAGAACUGGAACCAUCAUAUGGCAAUGAGGAAAAAGCAGGAGAAACACCUAGGAGAAAUUCUUCACAAGCCAGAGAAUGAAUUGCUGAUGAACAUGUCAGACAAUUAUAGGCAAAUUCAGGAAGAACGUGACCUCAUUGACCGGAGUCUCCCUGCCCUAUUUCCUGGAAAGGGAUACCGAGUGGGAAGUGAGUUCUGGAGCCUUCCUGAGCAAAUCGGGGAUGAGCUCACCGGGCUGACUCUGACCCUGACUCGGACAGAAUGUGGGCACCCAGAGCCAUUCACUCAUGUGGGGAAACCCCGAACUGUCCAGAGGGAAACAGGUCUGAAGCCUCCAAAGAAGAUUCCUUGCCACCUAAACUGGGAUAAGAGUCUUUUCCUGAAACAUCGACGGCAGGAGCUAAAAUCUCUCCUAGAGGAGCUGGGCUUUUUUAAGCCGGAUCUGGAAGGACUGGAGGUGAUUGGGAAAGGGCAGCCUUUCACAUCUGUCUCAGCUGAGGCUUUUCGAGAUACCACCAUUUCUGAAGAGAUUGAGACCCUCAGUGAUCCCUUAGGUGACUCCUUCAUUGUGGUUCCAGAAGCUGAAAAGGUUCCAUCUUUAGUUUUCUGUGGCCAGCCUGCUCGUUGGAUAAAGGGCGUCACUGCUUGCAGGAAGGAAAUUGGCAUUGCUGCCCGGCUCACCUUUGAGACUCUGGCUAGAGAGAAGGCUGAAAGCUUCCUGACAGUGACCAAUGAUGGCAGAGCUGCCAUUUGGUACAACUGGAUGAGGCUCCCCCAGCAGAUCCCCUCCAGAGGAGCCAAGGGGAGGAGGAUGCCCUAUUUUUACUUUGAUACCAGACCAGGAGGAGCUCUGCUUCAGGUGACCCUUUGGGGAAUUGCUGUGUAUGAGGAUAAAUUGGCUGACUUCAGAGAGAAACUGGAGAGUGAGCUGGCUGCUCGAGAAGGUGCUGCUAUAGUGAAAGACAGCCUGAAUGAACUUCUUGACCAAAUUCGGACACCCGAACGCACCCCAUCUCCUGUGGAUGCCUGUGUCACAGAGGAAGAGCUGUUCCACAGGAAAAAUCCCCAGUUGCAUUAUCAGCAUCAAGUGAUAAAGCAGCUGCAUAAACUAUGGAGACAGCACCUGGCUGUUCCUUCAGAGAAGGAAGUGCCCUUGGACCAGAGGAGCGCUGCAGAGGACAUGGAGCACCAAGAGAGCACCUCAGAGCCUCCCUCUGCCCAGAGCAGCACCACUGAGCUCACACGUGGGAAGUACACAUCAGAGGAGGCUCCAAGGGAAAAGAGCAUUGAGGAGGAUGAAGCAGGUCCUUCAGGAUGGAACCUUUCCCUCGAGGACUUUAAACAGGCUAUAAUGUCAAUCCCCGAGGAGGAGCAGCGGGAAGAAGCACUGACCCAGCUCAAUAAGGCAGCUCUGGAGCUGUGUGUUGAACAGAGGCCAACUCAGUCAGACCUUCUGUAUCCACUCUGCCUCCAGCUGUGGCGUGGAGCAAUUGAUGACCUGGUGAGUCACUCUCUGAGGCUGAGAUCCCUGCUUGGUUUGAUUAAGAAGGACACCUAUGUAGAAGCUGUUCCAGAGGAAACAGAGGAAGUACAGCAAGGAGGAGCAAAUAAAGGAGGAAAGGAAGACAAAAUAAUUACUAAGAAAGAAGAGAAAAAGGAUAAAGAAGGCAAGAAAAGCAGAGGGACAUCAGGGAAAGAGAAAGUGGAUCAUUCAGGCAGCAGAAAGCUGAAAGCAAAAGAUGAGAAGCAAGGAUCUUCCAUUUCAGUGCAGGACGUGAAAGGUGGGGCAGAGUCCAUCAAAGGAAGAGAUGAGAAGCAGACGGUGAAAGAGGGAGCUGAAAAUACAGAUGGGGCAGAACCUGCUCAGGAGCAGGCAGACUCUAUUGCACGUGAAACAUACCAGGAAAAGCUCUAUAUUGAAGUUUACAGGCUGCUGGAUUCAAUGGUGAGUGAAAUGGUAUCUUUAUUUGAGGAUGUAAAGCAGUAACAUGCUCUGAAGUGGAAGUGAAGCCCUCUGUAUGUAGAAACAGAUUUGC